AGAACAAGAGGGCGGGUCAAUCUUUGGACUUCAGGUUGGCUUGGAUUGCCAUGCUAACUUACGCAGAACACUCAGCGUGUUAAUGUUUCUACAAAGUCGACAACAGUGUGAAGACAUGAAGAUCAAGUAUGAAGUGGCUGACCUCCCCAGUGGACCGCUGGACCUCUACAGAAAAAAAGCUUCUUUUGCCUGGAAGGACAUGCUCCUCUUUCUGGAGGGAGAAGAGGUUGUGGCAUUCAAGCAACAUAUCUUCACGACUUUGGAGAACGAUCCUCUAUUCUCAAGAACACCAGGUGAAGACAUCCCUGUCGAGAGAAUGCGAGAACUCACCUUCCUCAGGGUGAAGCAACUCUUCCGCUAUGACUUCCUGACCAAAGAAGAGGUCAUGGCCAACCCGUGGAAGAUGACGAUUCUCAAUGACUGCUUGGGAAUGUUUGACUGGUCCUUAGGGGCCAAGUAUUUCCUCAACAAAGGCAUGUUUGGAGCUACGGUUGCCAACACAGGCUCGGCAAGACACAACAAAUACGUGGACAGCACUGAAGAUAUGACUACAUUCGGAUGCUUCGCGCUGACCGAGUUGAGUCAUGGCAGCAACACACGAGCCAUGAGGACCACAGCCACCUAUGACCUUUCCAGCCAGGAGUUUGUCAUCAACUCUCCAGAUUUUGAAGCUGCAAAGUUUUGGGUGGGAAACCUGGGUAAGACUGCCACACACGCACUGGUCUUCGCUCAGCUGUACACGCCAGACGGAGUGUGCCAUGGCCUGCACACCUUUGUCGUCCCGGUGAGAGAUCCGGAAACCCUGCUGGCUCUGCCUGGUGUGCUGGUUGGCGAUAUGGGCAAGAAAGUAGGCCAGAAUGGAUUGGAUAACGGGUUUGCUUUGUUCCACAACGUGAGGGUCCCGCGGGAGAAUCUCCUGAAUAAGACAGGUGAUGUGACUCCUGCUGGCAGUUAUGUGACCCCUUACAAGGAUGCCAACAAGCGUUUUGGGGUGUCUUUGGGUGCCCUGUCGGGUGGCAGGGUGUCCAUCACCAGGAUGGCUCUCACCAACCUCAAACUGGCUCUGAUUGUGGCCAUACGCUUCUCAGCCACAAGGAGGCAGUUCGGGCCCAAAGACAUGGAGGAGAUUCCUGUGCUUGAGUACCAGUUACAGCAAUGGCGCCUCAUUCCCUAUCUGGCGGCGGCGUACGCUCUUGAACAUUUCUCCAAGUCCAUCUUCAUGAACUUUGUGGAGUUUCAGAUGGGACAGCUAAUGAAAGUCGACAGUGACAGACAGGCAGAGAUGGGCCGGGAGAUCCAUGCCCUGGGCUGCUCCAGCAAGCCCCUGGGCUCAUGGAUGGCUCAGAGGGGCAUCCAGGAGUGCCGUGAGGCCUGCGGCGGUCAUGGUUACCUGGCCAUGAACCGCCUUGGAAGUCUCCGCGACGACAACGACCCCAACUGCACCUACGAGGGAGACAACAAUGUGCUGCUGCAGCAAACCAGCAACUACCUGCUUGCUUGGCUCCACGCUAAACGACUCGAUGGAGUUCGUAUUGAGUCUCCUCUUCACACUGUGGACUUCCUGGAUGAUUUCAACAGGAUCCUCGAAAGCAAGUUCACAGCACACACACUUGAUGACUGCCUGGACCCUGCAGUGUCGUUGGCUGCCUACAAGUGGCUGGUGUGUUUCCUGCUGGAGGAGAGUGACAAGAGGCUGCAGCAGCAGAGGACUUUGGGCAAGGAGGACUUUGAGGCCCGCAACGAUAGCCAGGUGUAUUACUGCCGCACGCUGGCCCUGGCCUUCAUUGAGCACUGCUGCCUUGAGCGCUUCCACGAGCUAAUUAUGGAUGAGAAGACGCCAAGCGGCCUCGUGGGAGUUCUAACUAAGCUGUGUGCUCUUUAUGGACUGUGGAGCCUCAGCAGCCACAUGGUCACACUCUACCAGGGCAAUUUUCUGAAUGGAAGGAAACCAGCUGAGUUGAUCCAGACGGCCAUUCUUACUCUGUGCACACAGCUGAAAGAUGAUGCGGUGUCACUGGUGGAUGUGAUGGCCCCCCCUGACUUUAUCCUUAACUCCCCCAUUGGUAACGCUGAUGGACAGCUCUACAAGAACCUGUGGUCCACCAUGAUGCAAGGGCACCAGGUGCUGGAGCGCCCGUCCUGGUGGAAAGAGUUCUGUGCCGACAAGCCUGUGAUUGGAUCCCUGCGAGCCAAACUGUAGCUGCCAGGCGAGCGCAGACAUCUUUGAGUGCCUUAAAUUAUUGCAUGCAGCUCUUUUUUUCAAAUGAUUUUAUUGUAGCCCUCUCACAUUAAAGCAAAUAGCAUUGAUUGCAGAGAGUUUAUGGAAAUCUGAAACAUUAAUUCACAUUUAAGUUUGCUUUGACAUUUUAUUCUUAUAUAUUGUGUACAUGAUAUACAGUAUUGUGUGACCAAGUGAAUAUGAACAAGCUUCUAGAUUAGUGAUACCAUGUCCAGAUUAAUAGUUCACUAAUAAAGCUUUUUGACACAACA